CCAUUCUUUCGCAUCAAAAGACAAAAACCCUUAAUCCAUAUAAAACUCUGUAAACCACUCAAUCAUUCUGGAAAUCUAACGCCUCACCAUGGAAGAUAGUUUCAGUGUUCGCGUCGACAAGGUAUUCGGUUCUCUCUUAUCUUCUUCGAAUCCGAGGUCUCUCUGGAGCCUCACGGACGACGAGAUCGAGAGGCGAGAAUGGAACCGCGACAAGGGCAGUUCUGAGCCUGAGAUGGAGCUCGGCGGGGAAUCUAAUGAGGUGACUGACGAAAAUCCUGUUGAUUUCCACAAGGAGAUGGAGAAGGACCUGGAAGAGCUCGGUGACGACGAUGGUGAUCUAGGUUUUGAGUCACGUGAUUCACGUGCUUCCUCGAGACCUGAUGACUAUAACGAGGAGGAGUGGGAGGUUAAGUCUAAUAUUGGCAUGGACUGUACUCUUGAUUUCGAGGAAGAGGUAGACGAAUAUGACCAAGUGGCCACCGGCAAGGAGAUUGACAGUCGAAUGAAUGACUAUAUAGAUGACUAUGGAAUUGAAGAUGAUUCUUGCAAUGAACUUCCCAAUUCAAUCAAGGAUAUUAUCAGAGACCCACGUGCUAAUCACGUUGCUGCAAAACUUCGUCUCAAAGAAGAUGCAGAAGCAGCUGAAAAGAUAAACUCCUUACCGGUGAUUGAGAAUGGUGCAUCUUUGGUAGAUCCUCAAAUCAAUGCACCAGAAGAUGGCAAUCUGAAAUCAAUUCUGAAGAAGAGAGAUACUCAGGCAGAAUUGAAGUCACAUAAACGUGUGCGUUUUGACUCCGAAUGCAGAAAGGAAUGCGUUGAAAAUUCUGAAGGAGCAAAACAAAGACACAUGGAAACUUGCUUGACUGAAAAAAUUGAUAAUUCAACUGAGGCAACUCUAUUGCCUCAGGACCAUCCUUCUGGCAUUCCGGACUACAUCCGCAAUCCUUCAAAGUACACACAUUACACUUUUGAUCCAUCAGACGACCUUGAUGAAAAAAACAAUCAACAAGCCUACAUGGAUUUUCUUAAGCUGGUGGAUAGGUCGAAUACAGUGGACUCACAGCCUGAUAAUACUUCCGACGGUCCUUUAAAAUCAGUCUCCUUCAUCCCGAAAAAGAAAAUUGAUCAUGUUAUGAUGCUUGACAAUGGCACAGAAUCAAAGCAAAACAAGGCUGCUACUGGGAAGGAGUUUGAGCAGAGAAGCAGUCUUGCUGUUGGUAUUGCUGUUUGGGAUACCCUAGAUGGGGAAGUUUGUGCUAUGGACGAAGAAGAUGAGCAAGACGUAGCAGUCGAUGGGAGAAGUAACUCAAAGAGGUCUGGCAGGCAGUAUCGAACAAAGGCCAGGUUAGAGUUAGAGCAGCCUUAGCAAAGGCCUUAUGCCUUGUCCCUCUUCCUAGCGGGUUUACUAAUUCAUCUCACCCUGAGUGAGUAAUCUAUCUACAACUUCAUCGUGUCAUUGUCAAGCUUCUAUUUUGCUUGAAACUGGUUAUGUUCUGAAUGGACAGCAACUUACAAAGGGAUUUUACCAGACGGUAAAGUUAAGCCAACAUGUUUAAAUUCGAGAUUCUGUCGGGACACAGAACAAUUGAACUGAUUUUUUGUUGUUUUGUU